AUGGAGCCCGUCAAGGCCAGGGAGGUCACAAAGUCCAUGCUGGCGGCAAAGACGUUUUACAACACCAGGGAUCUGGAUGUGAUCAAGUCGUGGUUUGUCGUGUUGGCCAACGAACUCGCGCCACGCCUGGGCAUCGACGCCGAGGAGAACCUGCGCCGGCCCAAGAACUUGACGAUAUACUACAGCCGUCUGGCACUGUCGGCCACCGACUUCACCCCCGUCCCCGCCGCUGGCACCAGCGCCAUCACCCGCUUCCUGUCUGCGCCGGCACAGCGGCAGCAAGGCCAUGCGAUCAGAGCGGAAGCGAGGAGCGCGCUCGGCAAUGACGCACCGGACGCCGCCCCGCACGAGGCCGCUGCCCCUGGCGCAAUACUUGCCGCAAACAGUCGCAGCCCUGGAGGCUCUGGCGGUGGGGCAGAGGCUAGGGCCCCGUCGACAGCAGGGGGCCACUCGUCAGAGGGCCCCGUGGGGAGCGAGGAGGACCCCUUGCUGGCGGGCGUGGACGUCAGGCAGCAGGCGGCGCUCCUGCGCGAAGCGGCCAUGCUGCGCACGCUGCGCAACGCGCCGUAUGACUCCAGCCGGGGUGCGGCGGGGAAGUCAGGCAAGCGCAAGGCCGACUCCCAGCACAGCAUCACCCGCUUCUUCGGCCAGGGCAGCUGA